AUGUUUAACACUGGAAAAUUUGUCGGAAAAACUGUGUUGAUAACCGGUGCAUCUCGAGGAAUAGGAAAAGAAAUUGCGCUGAAAUUGGCGAACGACGGUGCCAAUAUUGUUGUAGCUGCCAAAACCGCCACUGCUCAUCCUAAACUUCCAGGCACCAUUUAUACAGCUGCCGAAGAAAUUGAAAAGGCAGGUGGAAAAGCUCUUCCAUGUAUCGUUGAUGUUCGUGAUGAAGCUUCUGUUAAAGCAUCAGUUGACGAAGCAGUUAAGAAGUUUGGUGGAAUCGAUAUUCUGGUCAACAACGCAUCAGCCAUCUCUCUCACCGACACUGAGUCGACCGAAAUGAAACGAUACGAUUUGAUGCAUUCCAUCAAUACACGUGGCACAUAUCUGAUGACGAAGACAUGCCUUCCAUAUCUAAAGUCGGGCAAGAACCCACAUGUCUUGAAUAUUUCACCACCGCUUCUUAUGGAGCCACGUUGGUUUGCGAAUCAUGUGGCGUACACAAUGGCAAAAUAUGGAAUGUCAAUGUGUGUGUUGGGACAACAUGAAGAAUUCAAACCACACGGAAUCGCUGUGAAUGCCCUAUGGCCGCUCACCGCCAUCUGGACUGCCGCCAUGGAGAUGCUCUCCGACAAGGGUGGAGAAGCUGGGAGCAGAAAACCAGCUAUCAUGGCUGAUGCCGCCUAUGCUGUUCUGUCUAAAAACUCCAGAGAUUUUACUGGAAAUUUCUUGAUCGAUGAAGACAUUCUCAAAGCCGAAGGUGUCACUGAUUUUGAAAGAAAAACCAUGUUUCUUUGUAGAUACGCAUGUGUACCCGGCGCGCCAUUGAUGCCUGAUUUCUUCAUUCCAUCAGGAACAUACGACCAUAAGUUUUCUACAGGAGCAACCUUUGGAAAAAAGAAGGUUGCCCAUGAGGCAGGAGUGAUUGAGGAAGAAAUCAAGCAGACCUUCGAAUCAGCGAAACGCCUUUUGAAUGGAGAUAUAGUCAAGAAGACAGGAUUCGUGUAUCAAUUCAUUCUAAAAGGUAAUUUGCUUUCAGAUCCUGUAACAAAAUCCGAGCGAUUCAUCACAUUAGACUUGAAAAACGGCGAUGGAGAGAUUAUCGACAAUCAGUCUUGUCACAAACCAGAUGUCAAAUUCACCCUGGCACCAGAACACUUUGCUCCUCUGUUCAGUGGAAAAUUGCGUCCAACAACUGCGUUGAUGACAAAGAAACUGAAAAUCUCUGGUGACAUGCCCGGUGCGAUGAAACUGGAGAGUCUUCUCAGAAAGUUCACCGAAGGAAAACUCUAA